AUGGAAACAAUAGAUCAGAUUGAGGGGGACGAUUGUUACUUGGAUUAUCUGGAUAUUUUAUUGGGGCCUGCUAAUUCUCUCAGCAACAGUGGUGGUGGUGUUGUGGAUAUUGAUUUUUCAUCUAGUGGUGGUGUAACACAAGAAGAAAAAAGUUUGCGGAAGAGGUUUCAAGAUUUGAGCUCUGUUUUGGAAUCUGGAAGACCAGCCAAAACUGACAAAUCUGCCGUACUAGAUGAUGCUAUUAGAGUUCUGAACCAGCUAAGAAACGAGGCUCAGGAGCUCAAAGAAACUAAUGAAAAGCUUCUAGAAGAAAUCAAAAGUCUGAAGGCUGAAAAGACUGAACUCCGUGAAGAGAAAAUGAUGCUCAAGGCAGAUAAAGAAAAGAUGGAGCGACAGUUGAAAGCUGUUGCAGUUCCACCUUCUGGGUACAUGCCAACCUAUCCAGCAGCCUAUCAUGCUGGAGCCAACAAGAUGCCAGUCUUUCCCAGUUAUGGUCUGAUGCCAAUGUGGCAGUAUUUACCUCCAGCUGCUUAUGAUACAUCGCGUGAUCAUGAGCUCAGGCCACCUGCUGCAUGA